CUCAGUUGACUCUAAGCAGAGCUUGUAACUGGAGUUGUUGUGAGAGCAUGUGUGGAUUUCUCAAAAUUACACUCACAUAGUAAACUCCUGAAUACUACUGCGCAAAGUGAAGCAUUUGUGAUUGGAUAUACUAUCAGAACUUAGCACAGCACAUGAAGAGGAGAGUUUUUGACUGCGUGACAGCUGGGUUGAUGGUGUAGCAAUGCAUGAACUACCAUAACAGUCUCUAUUGUAGUGUGGUAACCUAGCUCACUGAUUGCCUCUGUCUUACCCUAGGACUAGCUGAAGGACCUGCCUGCACUAUGGAGUUAUUAUGUGUUCUUCUGGUGAUAUCAGCAGAGCUGACCCUCGUGGCCAGUUGGCGAGAUUGGCAACCCAACUCAGUUGUGAAGAUUGGAGAAAAUGAUGCAAGCCUGGAGAAAUUUGCUGGACGAAUUGAUGAAAUUGACCACUUUAGACUCCUGAUGGCCGAUGCUUCUUCCAUGUUGCUGGGAGCAAAAAACGCUAUACAUAAUGUCAGUCUAGCUGACCUAAAGGAAUUCUCGAGAAUAGAUUGGGAACCUCAGGCAUCGGACAUUGAAUUAUGUUCCAAGAAACAUAAGACCCCAGAACAAUGUCAGAAUUACAUCCGUGUCAUAGUGAAGAAAGAUAAUGACAGGUUAUACACCUGUGGAACAAAUGCUUUCCGUCCCAAAUGUCGAACGUACAAGCAGAAUGGGCUCAGUGGAUAUGAAAGGAUUGAGGAGCGAGAUGGUGUAGCUCAGUGCCCUUAUGAUCCUGAACAAAACAGCACAGCCAUUUAUGCAGGUGGGAAGCUGUACUCUGCGACAGUAUCUGACUUUUCAUCACGUGACCCCUUAAUCCUGGAGACCAACAAGAUGAUCCGAACAGAGCAGUAUGACUCCAAGUGGCUCAAUGAGCCCAAUUUUGUGAGUUCUUUUGAGAAGCAAGACAAGAUAUAUUUCUUCUUCCGUGAAACUGCUGUGGAACAUAUCAACUGUGGCAAGGCUGUGUUUUCUCGAGUUGCUCGAAUCUGUAAGAGUGACGAGGGAGGCCAGAUGUUGCUGGACAAUACAUGGACAUCCUUCUUCAAGGCUCGACUCAACUGCUCCAUCCCAGGGGAUUUCCCAUUCUAUUUUGAUGAAAUACAAUCAACAUCAGAUUUUGGUGAGGGUAACUUCAGACCAGUGAUUUCUUCAGGGAGCAGAUUUGACAUGGUUUAUGCAGUUUUCAACACACCACACAACUCCAUCCGUGGAUCUGCCGUCUGUGCAUUUAGAUACGCAGACAUUGUCAAGACGUUUGAAGGUCGGUUCAAGGGUCAGGAAUCCGCGUGGCACAACUGGCUGGCAGUGCCCAGAGAAAAGACACCUGCCCCUCAUCCUCAGAAGUGCACCAACAGUAGUCAGAGGCUUGAGGAUACGACCCUUAACUUCAUCAAGACCCACCCAUUGAUGGACAGUUCGGUUCCUGCCCUAGGUGGCGCCCCACUCUUCAUCCAGACAAGUUUCACGUCCCGCUUCACUCAGAUCGCAAUUGACUGGCAAAUCCGUGGAGUCGAUAAAUACCACGAUAUCAUGUUUAUCGGAACAGACGAUGGAAGGGUCAUUAAGGCUGUGAAUACCCAAAAGGGCCCGAAAGACAAGAUCCGCACGGUUGUUAUCGAGGAGAUCCAGGUCUUGAAGAAGAAUGAAUCGAUCGUCAACCUGAGAGUAUACCGCCGAGAUGGUACUGAGAAGUUGGUGGUUGUCUCCAAGGAAAAUGUGGUCAGCAUCCCUCUCCAUCGCUGUAACCGCAAAAACACGUGUCACUCGUGUGUCGGCCUGCAGGACCCAUACUGUUCCUGGGUUGAUGCCAGAUGCUCCAACACCAACAGAGGACUUCAGAGUGUUACAACUGGCAAGUCCUCUGGCUGUGGAGUGGAGAUCCUUGACGAAACCACCAGCACUACGACAACACCAGCAGCGGCCACAGAGCCACAAAAGUGUGUUUGUCCCCAGGUCACGGAUCCCAAUAAACAUAGUGAGGACAAAGACGUCACUAAUAUUGGACCCAAUAUGGCUUCCACAAAACAACCUGCUCCCAAGACAACUCACCCUGAAGAUAAAUAUGACGAAGGUCCUAUUGAUGCAACUCACCAGGAUCCAUCGGGAGUAAAUACAGCGGAAACCCUUGCUAUCGCAAUCGUCGUCUCCAUCGUCCUUUCAAUGCUCGUCGGAUUCCUCAUCGGUUAUAAAGUCAGCUCGUGCAGAGCAUCACGUGACAUAGACACUCCAUAUCACGAGCGCAACAUCUCUCUGAGCAAGAGGUCCAACAGACUGUCUUCAGGGGACCAUACAUAUUUCACCCCAGAAAAUCCAUACAACAAAAGUUUUAGUUACGUUGUGAACGUUAAAACCCCCGGGAAAUUAAAUACAAGUGUGGAAACCAAACCAGUGACUAAAUCAAACAAGGUCUACUUAUAGCAAGCGGGAAACAACAUAGACUAAUGUUUUCUGUGGUGCUGGGCUUGGGCUGGCCUUGGUCAGUUAGAAAAGCACAUGGUUCUGAGUGAAAACUUUGACCAACCAGCAGGAUUGAGGCGCCCGCUGAUGAGGCGAGGUGGCGACCUCAACUGAUGCCGUAGCAGGGCUACAUGCCAUCAAGAAAUAGUGCUAACAGCCCCAUGGCAACCUCAUGGGCAGGUCCUGUGUCAUGUGACAAACUUUUAUUUUCCGUCAGGUGUAUUCCUAAUAGCCAACAUUAUGCCUAGUUCAUUGCUGGUCUAGUAACUGUGUAUUUUGGCUAUGCAAUCAUGCUAUCUUCCAGGAACACCUGUUGUGCUGAAGUUGUGACUAGUGUCUGGUGAAAUCAAGAGACAAGAUGGCGACUUGUGUCUGCAAUCAAACUGUUUGCAUACAUUCCAAGCACUGUGCAAUACAUAAUGGGAAAAUGGACCAAUAUUCUGAAAUAUAUAUGUAUAUCAGAAAGAAGUCACGGCCAACAUGCUAUGUAGAUACUGUGUUGUCGGACCUGUGCUUCGCUGUAUAUCAGAAACAGAACUUCUCUGUGUGAGACAAACAUCGAAUGUCCUAUGGGAUGUCGGCCUGCACGGAGGGAGAUAGUGAUCUCAAAAACAUUCAAAUUAAAGCAUCUAAAUUGAUACAAAGCGAAAGUAUUUGUGGACGAUACUCAAUUAUGUGCUCAAAAUUGUCAUACGGUGCUGAUGUCGUCAAGGUAACCAGUGGUUACCAUGGCAAGAAAGGUCACAAUUUACCAAAUUUUCAUCUAGAGGCAGGGAUAUAGCUUUAGUUGUUAACUUUAAGAAUACAAAGCUGAAUUGUUUGUUUGAGUAUUUCAGUGCUUGUAGUUCAUAGUGGUCCCUGCGUCUUAUUGGUAUCAUGGCAUUAACUUACCCCUGAUUCCAGCACGUGCUCCUCACACCAUUUCAAAGUGAACUCUUCAACACUGAGGUGCAUUUAGCAGUUAUCCAUCUUGAAUAAUCAUAUGACAUCAAAAUACUUGGAGCAUAUCACUUAAAUCUCAAUGGCUGUCACCUGUUCUGUACAGUACUCAAAUUAUCUAUGUAUAUAUAAAAAUAUACAAUCACAUGUUUAUAACAAUUGGUUCAACAACAAGCUUCAAAUAUGUUUUCAUCCACAUUUUUCGAAAUGACAUUUAAUCACAUAAAUCAUUUGUUCCGACUUUUUAUGAAUAAAGUUUUUGCAUUGUUGAUUGAUAAAGACUGUUUGAAUCCUGUUGAUGAGACCAAUGUUUAUAUAUUCAGUGUAAGUGUUCCUACAACCUACAAGUAUUGACUGUACAUUAAAGGAAUACAUCAUGAGUUUAGCAAGGCCAGUGAUACAUGUAGUUGUUUGCCUUAGAGGCACUAUUCUGCCACAGAUGUCAUCUUUUUUUAUUUGUAAUAUUCUAGGAGUUUAUAUUUUCCUACACCCCUUGGGACCAUUGUCAAAUUUUAAUAUAAAACAUUUUUUCAAUAAGGAAAAUGUUAUUUAAAAAAAUAAUUUAAAAAAAUAUGUUUUAUUUAUUUUAGAUAAUAUCUUUAAAACUAAACAAAUAUUUUGGUCACAAGGUAUAGGUAUAUAUUUCAUUCGUUUUCUCACAUGGUCUUGGAGCGUCUGACUGGUAAACAUUGCGUCACUGUAACAACGCUCCCAUAUUGACGGCCAUAUUGACUCUUUGGGUAGCUCCCAAAGCGAGUCACAGUUUACCAAACAGGCCUCUGAGCACUUACACACAGGCUUUCAAAGAGGAUUGCCUCUUUUUCCAAAUGCAAAUUGUAGUCAGUCCCAAGUGACGCGAGUGUGAGAGAAAGAAUGGAACCAUUAUACUGUUAUAUUCAUAUCUGGGUCAAUGCAUUAUACACAUUUUAUACAACAAGCCAUACUGAUAUCAUUUCUUGUGAUCUGGAUUAGAAUGGGUUUUUUAAAUUAUUUUAUUCAUUUGGACUCGAUGAAUAUUCAUAUUUUUAUUAAGAAAGAGGUGUUAUAGAAUUUUAUUAUCUAAAACGUUGAAAAAAUUUCCAUGAAGCAUACCAAAGUAUGUGUAAUACAAGAUCUCUCAACCAUGAAAAACAUGCUUGACAAGACAUAAUAAAAGGGAUGAGCUCAGAAGUUUGGUUGAAUAAUCAAAAUUACAUAAUAAGUUGGCGCCAUUUUCAUGUUUUAAUCGGAAUAUUUAUAGGGCAAUGCUGUGGUUGUGUUGUGUACAAAUGUAUGUACAGCCCGAAACAUCAUACCUCAUCCUUGUGUACAUACAAGGAUUGAGGCCUGCUGUUAUGGGCUAAGUUAAAGGGAGCUUAUGCUUCUGUAUGAUAUUACAACAACUGUGAUGGAUUGCCAAAGAUUUUAAAAAUCAGUUGUAUAGAUGUCACACUUAAUCUUCCAUCUUUUCUUCCAAGAAAUAUUGUGUCAUUUUAUUUCAUUGUAAAUAGUGUACAGAACAUCAUUAUGCCAUGUUGUCAUGUAUAAAUGCUAACAAAUAUUAUUUUUUUACCGCUUCAUGUCUGUUAAUAAUGGUAUUGAAUGCAGAUUGCAGUGUUGACAGUGAGGUCAGAGCAGCUGGAGCAGCUCAACGUGUCUCAGACUGGGGGGUGGAGAGGGGGAGGGUCUUGUACUUAAGGAGAAUAUGGAUGCAUGUUGGGAGAAUUUAGAUAUUUCUUGGGGAGGGAGCCUUACGUUGGUAAAAUUGAUUUCAGUUAUUGAAUGUUACUGAAGAUUGAGAAUAUUAUUGACUUUGAAAUGCAGAUAAUUUUUUUAAAGAAUACAUUGUGUGGUAUAAAGUUGAAAAUUUUAAUUUUAAAGUGGUAUGAUUGUGAGUGUUGAGGAAAGAGGCUGACGUGAGCUGCACUAGUGUAGAUGGUGCUCAACAGUAUUUAUGACAAACCAUUCCAUAACAUUAUGAUGGAGAGACGACUAAUGAGAAAAAAAGAAUAGCUAGAAAAAGAGACACAGAAAAUUCUAAUUUUCAUGACGCUUUUAACUUGAUUUUAGACUUUAUUCAGCUUUUUCAGAUAAACUGUAUCAUUUUACAGAAAUAGACCCUAAGGAGACUAGCGUUGGUGUUUUUAGUUUUAAAGAAGCUUUAACAGUGAAUGAGGUUGUACUUGUACUUGAGCUUGGCGUUGAUGUAUAAAGUGUAUUCUGUAAUGUGAUAUAGCUGCACUGCCAGUGUGUGUAUAUAUGUAUAUUUGUCCAGUGUCUGGUGCAUAGGCAAAUGCAAUGGAAUGACACUAACAAACUAAAUAAAACAAAACAUGAU